UCGUUACGCACUUUGCGAGACGACGAGUCCCAGUUGCAAAUUAUUUUCAAAACAAAGUAUACAGAAUACAAGGAGGAGAAAAGUACAUACAAAUCAAAAUGACUACGAGUACUGUAUUCGCUGGUGUGCAUGUUAAAAAUAAGUUAAGUGACUUUUAUCCCGUGCACAAUAUCGAUAUGGAGCAGGAUGUGGCAUACUUGAAGAAGAUCAUUACCGAGCAGCUGCAGCUACAGUUCGAUGCCAGCGAACUUGAUAUAUGCUAUUUGGGCAAGCUGCUCAACGACGACUGCAAGCUUUCAAGCACAAUGAAACCAAACGCUAUUGUUCAUUGUUUCCGUAAAAUGAAAUCUUAUACACCCUACAAGCCACCUGCCCCCAGCGAUAUAAACACUCAGCACAUACAGGAGCUAUUUUCACUGACUUCGCACUUGCAAAUCAGUGUCACAUCCCGUUUUAACAUACUACAAAAAAUACUAGCUGAGUAUCCAGAGUUUCGGCGUAAUUUAGGUGCUCAGGCUUUGAUUCGCGACUCGGUGCUGUUCAACAUGCUUCAUGAGCCAGAGGUGGUACAGAAUCUGGUGCGGGAUUAUCCUUUAAUUUGUGAUGCAGCUUCAUUUAUUGUCGAUACCAUACGUAAGGAAUUGGCACGUAACAGCUCUGCCACGCAGUUUCAGGAGCAAGCUGCUUCAGAGUCCACAACCUCAUCGGAGGAGGAGAACUCUUUGGGUGCCGGCAGCAGCAGCAGUGGUGGUAGCAGUAGCACAGCAGCUGUUACCCUGGCAGCCAAUCGUAGAGACGAACUGGCCAACAUACGACAGAUCAGUCGCCAACAGUUGGCUAAUGCUUUAGCCCGCGUCGACAUGAGCUCCUUUAACUCAUUGUCAAACAUAGCUCAACGCAAUGUAGAUGAGGCUCUCAGCGAUGAGCGACCUCGCACCAGCGCAUCCGCUGCUGCCAGCGGUACGACUGCUCCUGGCACUACAGCUGGCAGUGCUGCUGCCAUCUCAUCAGAGCUGUUGCGCAAUGAGCUGGCACGGGCUCUUCAGUCACUACAGCAGCAACCGGCGCCGUCAGCUGUUGAGAACAUGGACAUGGAGUCAGGAGCAACAGAUACCAGUGCGGCUGUCGAUGAGCCUGAGGAUGAUGAUGAUGCUGGCGAUGACAGCGAUGUCCUGCCACGUUGCUAUCGCCGGCAUCGCUUCACCGAACAGUUGCGGACCAUGGCAGCCAUGGGCUUCAUAAAUCAUACCCAAAAUGUUAACUACUUGACUCUGGCCGACGGUAAUGUCGAGCAUGCUAUAAAUCUACUAAUGUUGGGCAUGAAUUAAACUAUGUCGAGCGCUU